AUGCCGAAAGAUCCCCUUAUAUUGGGUCGGCCCUUUUUGGCUACAGCCGGAGCAAUCAUAGAUGUUAAAGGAGGAAAGAUUAACUUAAAUGUCGGAGAUAUAUCAAUGAACUUCGACAUGGAAAAGCUAGUAAAAACGUCCUCGAUAGACGAUCACGCCUUUUACACAGAAGAAGUCUCUGAGCUAGAAAAGAAUACCUUAUGGAUAUAUGAAACUAUUGAUCGAUCAUUUUCUUCAUCGACCAAAUGGACUAAAGAAAAAGCACCCAAGGUUGAACUGAAACCACUUCCAGCUGGCCUGAAAUAUGCAUUCCUUUGCGAUAAAUCAUACCCUGUCAUUGUUAACGCUAAUCUCACGAAUGGAGAGCUUGCACUUCUUUUAAACAAGCUGCGUAAGUAUCGGAGAGCGAUCGGGUAUUCUCUCGAUGAUAUUCCCGGAAUAGCUCCUGACCUUUGCAUGCACCGCAUCCACCUCGAAGAAGAUGCAAAAACAUCUAUAGAACAGCAAAGGAGACUCAACCCAAACCUAAAAGAGGUAGUGAAAAAGGAGAUAAUUAAACUUCUGGAUGCUGGAGUUAUAUAUCCUAUCUCAGAUAGUAAAUGGGUAAGCCCUGUGCAUGUUGUGCCAAAGAAAGGUGGGAUCACAGUGGUUAAAAACGAUAAAGAUGAACUUAUCCCCACACGCACUGUCACUGGACAUCGAAUGUGUAUUGAUUACAGGAAACUGAAUGCUGCUACUAGGAAAGACCAUUUUCCCUUACCUUUCAUCGAUCAAAUGCUCGAAAGACUGGCCAACCAUAAAUAUUAUUGUUUUCUUGACGGAUAUUCGGGAUUUUUCCAAAUACCGAUACAUCCCGAAGAUCAAGAAAAGACAACUUUUACUUGUCCUUACGGAACAUUUGCAUAUCGCAGAAUGCCAUUUGGACUAUGUAACGCACCAGCCACUUUCCAACGUUGCAUGAUGUCAAUAUUCACAGAUAUGAUCGAAGAUUUCAUGGAAGUCUUUAUGGACGAUUUUUCGGUUUACGGAUCAAGUUUUAAGGAUUGCCUAGACAACUUGUGCAAGGUAUUGGAAAGAUGCGAAGAAAAGAAUCUUGUCCUAAAUUGGGAAAAAUGCCAUUUCAUGGUAAAUGAUGGUAUAGUCCUCGGACAUAAAGUUUCCGCAGCUGGAAUAGAAGUAGACAGAGCCAAAAUUGAAGUAAUGACUGGUCUACCAGCACCCACAAACGUUAGAGACAUACGAAGUUUCCUUGGACAUGCCGGAUUUUACAGACGAUUCAUACAAGAUUUCAGUAAAAUUGCUAGACCUCGAAUAAUCUUUUGUGCAAAGAAGUUAAAUUCGAUUUUACGCCAGAAUAAGAAAGAUGCUAAACCAAGACUAAUAAGAUGGAUCUUGUUACUCCAAGAGUUCGAUAUCGAGAUCAAAGAUAAAAGAGGAGUAGACAACGGUGUCGCUGAUCAUCUUUCCAGGAUUCGAAUUGAGGAUAAAGUUCCUAUAGACGAUUUCUUUCCUACAGAGAAUAUCGCUCUUUUGGACACAGAUCAAUCAUAUCCAUCAGCGACAGAACAUCAACAAGAACUUAUUGACAUACCAGUUAAGGUUGCUUGUAAUGCUUUGAAUCAUAAUAUAUCUGAUGUCUCUCUACAAGAAGCAAAUGCGAUUGGACAGAACAUCAAAGAUCGACCUUGGUAUGCCGAUAUAGUCAACUAUUUAGCCGCUGAUUUUGAACCAGAAAAUUUAAAAGGUUAUGAAAGAAAGAAAUUCUUUCGUGAAGUUCAGAGAUACCAUUGGGAUGAGCCCUAUCUCUACAAGCACUGUUCUGACGGCAUAUAUAGAAGAUGCGUCUCUGAAGCUGAAAUUCCGAACAUUAUUUACCAAUGUCAUAGCUCUGAUUACGCAGGACAUUUCGCCACUUUUAAAACAGUUUCCAAAAUUCUCCAAGCAGGAUUUUGGUGGCCAACAACAUUUCGCGAUGUUCAUGCUCAUAUAGCACAAUGCGACAGAUGUCAGCGGAGAGGAAAAAUAAGCAAGAGACAUGAGAUGGAACAAAAAUUUAUCUUGGAAGUAGAAGUUUUCGACUGUUGGGGAAUAGAUUUUAUGGGUCCUUUCCCAUCUUCUUAUGGCAACAAAUAUAUCCUGGUCGCUGUAGACUACGUCUCAAAAUGGGUUGAGGCAGUUGCUUCUCCAACAAAUGAUGCAUCUGUAGUUGUCAAACUUUUCAAGAGCAUUAUCUUCCCAAGAUUUGGAGUUCCAGAAUAG